CCAGUGCAGGAGAUGCAUGAUAGAAUCGCGUGCACUCUGGCUUUUGUGUUUGGGGUGUGUGAACACCUGAGCCUGACUAAGCGGUGAAAGCGCCAAAGCUUCAUCACCUUCCAAGUUCCAACUCUUGUUCUCCUUCAACUUCAAUCAAGAUACCCUAAUUCUCUCAACACCACUUCCACUUCACUCUCUCCUCUCACUCAAACCCCAAAGGUGUUGCGCGGUCUUGUGGAGAAUGGGAAGUACUGGUACUGACAAGAUGCCAGGCAAUAACAGCACAGGAAGUUCAGAAACCACUAUUGAGAUAAAGAUCAAGACCUUGGAUUCACAGACUUACACCCUCAGAGUGGAUAAACAGAUGCCAGUCCCUGCUCUGAAAGAACGGAUUGCUUCUGUCACUGGAGUGUUAUCACAUCGGCAGCGCUUAAUUUGCCAAGGAAAGGUUCUGAAGGACGAUCAACUCCUGUCUGCUUACCAUGUUGAAGAUGGUCAUACCUUGCAUCUGGUUUCUAGGCAACCUGAUCUACCAGGAUUUUUGCCCGGUCAUUCAGGGGCUGACCCAAAUUCAAGCACAAGUCAUGGCCACAGUAGUCAAAUAUCCCCGGGUGUAGUCAUUGAAACUUUCAAUGUGCCUGUUCAGGGAGAUGGAGUUACUCCUGAAUUCAGUAGGAUUGUUUCUGCUGUACUAGGCUCUAUUGGAAUUCCAAACUUCGGAAGUGGUGUUGAAGGGAUUGAUGUCAGGGAGCAUGACUCCCAAGGCUUUGGAAGAACUUCAGGUUCCAGUGGUCUUUCAGAUUCAUCCCAUCCUCAGCCUGAACAAACUGGUUUGCGGUAUUCAUCAGAUAGGUCGCGUAAUACCUUUGUACAUCCAGCAGCAGCUUCUUUGGGAUCUUUGCAGCCUCCUGUUAUUCCCGAUUCUUUGACAACACUAUCCCAAUUUCUGAGUCAUAUAAGUCACGAAUUUGAUGCAAUUGUCAGAGAAGGGGGCAAUAAUGUCCAAGCAGCUGAGGCUCAUAGGAAUGAAGAAAUGGGGUCUGCUUCGUCACGAUUGGGUUCAACAGCAGAAGCACUUACAUCACCUGCAUCCUUGGCAGAAGUCAUGCUAUCUACCAGACGAAUGAUGAUUGAACAAGCUGGGGAAUGCCUACUUCAACUUGCAAGACACCUGGAGAAUCAGGCAAAUGUAACUGAUCAUUUGAUGCGGUCAAGCAUUCAGUCUAGAGCUUUGAGGACUGGAGUUCUGUUCUAUAACCUGGGUGCAUUAUUCCUUGAGCUUGGCCGCACAACCAUGACAUUGCGCUUGGGUCAAAGUCCGUCUGAAGCUGUAGUUAAUGGUGGGCCUGCAGUUUUCGUAUCUCCGUCUGGUCCUAACCAUAUCAUGGUUCAGCCUCUUCCUUUUCAACCUGGAGCGAACUUUGGUACUGUCCCCAUAGGAACUGCUCAGUCUAACGCAAGUUUAGGUAGUGGACUUGGUUCAAGUUUUUUCCCAAGGCGGAUUGAUAUACAGAUACGACGAGGGGUCUCAACAGCCACACCAAAUGCCAGUCAAGAAGAACGUGCUGAUACACAGUCUGCUUCAGUACAAAGAAAUCAAGGUGAAGGUCCUGCUAAUCAGGCAGCCUCAAGGCGUUCAGAUGUGGCUGGUGCUGGGGAGCAAGGAGUAAGGAUUGUGCCAAUUAGAACCAUGGUUGCAACAGUACCAGGUUCCUUAGGUCGUCCACCUUCAGAACCAUCUGGUAAUUCUAUAGGGGUUUACUAUCCGGUUCUCGGGAGAUUUCAACAGGUAUCUUCAGGGCAUGGGAAUAGUGAACAAGGAUCUCAACCAGCUAGUCAGCAUCAUGCUGUGCAACAGUCCAGUCAUGAAAACACAUUGCAAAGGCAAAACGAAGAUUCUGCAAGGAAUGGAUCCUCAUCAACUCCUACCACAAGCUCGAAUUCCCGUGUGGUGAAUAUCAAUAUCCUAGCAGCUGGUGGGGCCCAGAAUAAUCAGGAGUCUGAGCGACAGAUACCAAACAGUGUUCUUCAGUUUAUAAGGACCCUGUUUCCUGGGGGAGAAAUUCAUGUUGAAGACUUGAAUUUACAGGGAACAAAUUCAGGUUCUACCCCAGAGCAAGCUGCAACAGCAAGGGCAGCUCAGGCCCCUGAAGCUGAACCUAGGGUUAGUGAUGAAGGAAGGUUUUUGUCAAACAUACUCCGCGAAAUCAUUCCCCUCGUGUCUCAACAAACAGGCUCUGGAAGAAAUCCUUCAGAGGAACAAGCAGCUCAGGAUUCUUCAUCACAGGUGGAAACUGAUGCAGGGACAUCACGAAGGCGGAAUGGUUCAGAUCCAAGCCCCCCUGAUUCUAAACGCCAAAAGAUGGAGUGAUGGAGAGGAUAAUGUACAUGAUGCAGUUGUGGAAGAUUGUGAUCGUAACCAUCGGAAUUCAGGGCGGAUGUGUUGAUGUGAAUUUGGUAUUUUGUGUCCAUCUCAGUCCUCAUUCAACUUUGAGCUGUACUCAGAUAUCUAUAAGAAGAUUCGCUUGUCUUAAAGCGGCAUCAUGCUGUGCAAUAUUGAGAAUAGAAUUUUAUUUUACAAUUGGGAUCGCCCAUCAUAUAAAGUUCAAUUUUUAUAUGCCUUUCAAACUUGAGACAAUUUUCCACUUAUAAUUUACAACUUCUUCCUUCAAACUCAACAUUAAACAUUUUCUCGGUGCAAGCAAUAUAUGAGUUGGUUUGGUCGGAAAAA